AUGCCUCCAGUAGCUUCCCCGCUAUUCAUCGAGGCGCAAACGGCCCAUGAAGCACUUUCACGCAGAAUAAGAGACCUGGGCGAGUUUCAAAUACCCCGCCUUCGAGACUGUAAAGGACCUUUGACUCUUCAGCAGCAAUAUGCCGCCGAGCUUCGGGAUGAUACUGAGGCAAUAACGAAGCGGUUGGAGGACUUUGCAACGCUUGCAGAGGAUCAAGAGAGAGAAAUUGAGCGAGUACAAGUGAAACAAUGGGUCAAUGAACUGUAUGACGAGCUCUCCAGGAUAAAAUCGGAUUCGCGCGCCGCACUUCUGGCAUCCAAACGAGCCAUUGACAGUGACGCUCGUUCCAGGCGCGACGAAUUACUUGGGUCUGCAGCGCUUCAGCAGAAAAGAGCAGCUGAAGCCGAAGCUCACAAGCAACGCGCCACGGAAGACAAACUGAUGGCCGCCUCGGAUGAUGUUACCGAAGCCUUACGCAGGACAACACGCCUGAUGCAACAGGAACUUGAACGAUCCGUACUGUCGACACAGAUGCUACAGGAGUCUUCCAAGACACUUCGUUCCACAACUGAUGUUUACGUUAACCUGGACAACCUCAUGGAUGUGUCACAAGUGUUGAUCAAGGCGUUGCAACGCGCAGAUUGGAUGGACCGUAUAAUCAUAGGUCUCUCCUUCACUGUGUUUUUGCUUACCAUGGCGUAUAUUGUCAAACGACGCGUUCUGGACCGUGUUGUUACGGUUGCCACUUUGCCGUUAAGAUUGAUGGGGGCGGGAUCAUCCAAGGUUACCACAACGGAAGACAUGCUUACAGAAACAACUCGAACCAUCAAGACUUUGGCUACAUCCUUGACUAAUACUGUUCAGACCGCCAUUGCCAGCAUACCAACUACACUAGACAGCCUUCCUACGUCCAGUGUUAGGGAAGCUGUAUUAGAUACAGUUGAAAGCGCUAUAGAAACCUCAUUGGAUCCAGAUAUCUACACGCGUAUAUGCUCAGAUGGGAUUUGCGAAUUUGCUGAAAGCAUGACUUCAAUUAUCGCUGAUGCUACCUCAACAGUUGCGUUCAGCGUCCUCCCCACCGUUGCAUCGCUUCCGCACGAAGAGCUAUAG